AUGCACUUCGCAACUCUCGUCGCCGCCUCAUUCUUGGCUGUUGUCUCGGCUCAAGACACUUCCUAUCCAACGAUCAACCUUGGAGUCUUUGGUUACCCCCACGGAAACCAAUUCGUCGCCUGGUCACCCUUUACACCAACCAAGACACAGGAAGUCGCCGAAGUAUGCGACACGAGAGGCGCCAUAAAGGGCACGGCGACAUGGACCGCAAUCAGAGUCUACAACACUUACGUGUUUGACCCUAUCUGCCGCAAUCCCUUCAACAUCACCGACGACACCACCAACACCACCUACUAUAACCUCGAGCUGGCGUGUGAGGACGAUAACAUAGAUCUCACUGCGAUUCCCCAGGUCACUGCCGUUGUCGACACAGCCACCAACAAGACGAUCGAGACAUGUGCCCCAGUGCCCUCGGACGGUCAGUAUGACUGGUACCACAUGAGCAUUCGCAGCUGGGGCUGUCCACUCGGCUUUGCCGCAGAAUUUGAGAAGACGUUUGGGCAUAUACGUAGAGACUUCAAGUGGCUCUUCGACUUUAUGGACCCUCAGCUCAGUUCACAAUCCAUUUGGACCAGGAUAAUCUUGUUCUCCGCCGAUCUCCAAUUUAACGGCCUCCCGGGUCAGACAAAGCUACUUGACUACCAGGAAGCCGCAGUGCCAAACAUCGGGCAGAGAGAGAUUAGAUUUUGGAAAGGAUCAAAAUACCUAGGGAUCUUCCCCGUCCAGCAAAUUCUUGACGACUACAUGGGCCCAGGCAGAAUGCUCAGCAUCAAGAGCGACCAAUCCAAGUCCGAACGCACCCCAACCCAGGACUACGACUACGAAGUGCGCAGCUUCAAUACCACUGGCACUUGGAGGCCCAUUAACGAGUUGGUUAAGGGUUUCAAAGCCAAAGAAAUCUUUGUGAAGCCAACAGUAAAGCCAGAACCCCUAAAGCACGCCCUAGAGCUGGCAUUCAAGUUUCUGGAACGUGGGAAAGCCAAGUUUCCGGUCGAAUUCCACAUCAAGUCAAAGAAGGUGCUGAGCCACGCGGACCUCUCACUGUUAACCAACACUCGCCUUGACCUGCACCCGGCUGUCAUCCUGCGCUCCCUGCCCGAGAACGUGCACCAAAUCGUCAAGCCGCAUGUCGACAUCCAAGCGGGCGAUGCUGUGUGGGUCGUCUCGCGGCCAGGCCUCAGAGUGCCCGGGCGCAACGAGUAUCUGUCUAAAAGUCCAGACAAAAUGGUGAAACAGGUUGAAGAGAUGAUCACUCAGAGGAGGGAUUCGGUAGAGAACCUAAUCGACGCCGGCGAACUGACGCGGGAUGGAAAGAUGGUCAAGCAGGUUGAAGAGAUGAUCACUCAGAGGAGGGAGUCGGUAGAGAAGCUUGUCGACGUCGGGGAACUGACGCGGGAUGGAAACAUGGUUGGAAAGACAACUUACGAGCCUCGGCGAGAACCGAAGAGACCGGAACUAAAGUCGAGAGUGCCAGCAUUGAAAGGCCUGAGUUGGAUCAGACGAGGAAGGCAAGGAGACGGCGAUGACGUCCACUUCGACGAAUGA